AUGAUUCAAUCUAAAUAGACAAAAUAAAAAUUCAAUAUUGAAGAUUGUUCUGAAUCUGAAUAAGAAGAAACUUUAAGAAAAACUUUGAAUGCAUAAUCUUAAUCAAUAUUUCAAACAUCUUUAUUUAGUGCAUUAGAUUCUUAAGUUAAACAAUUUAAAAAGAAACCUGUAGUUAAAAAAUCUAUGACAGAUUUUCUUAAUAAUUAUGAUUAAAACUUUGAUGAUGUAUUUGGAAAUAUGAAUAUGUAAAUGGAUGUUAAUUUAGAACAUUUAGAAAAUAAAAAGAAUCAACAUAAUAAUAAUAAUAUUAAUAAUGAUAAUCGAUAAAAAAGUAAUAAAAAGUAAUCAAAAAAAAGACCAAUGGAAACAUUAAAUUCAGAAUCAGAUUCUAAUUCAAAUAUAUAAACUACUAAAAUUAAAAAAUAAUAAACAAAACCAAAUAAAAAUGGUAAAAGGAAAUAAUAAAAAAAAGUAGUAGAUUCAGAAUAAUCAGAUGAAUAUAAAGAUAUGGAAUAAGUUUAAUAAAUGUAAUAGAUGGAAAAUAAAAUAAUAAAAUAAACUUAAUCAAAAAAAUAAACAAAAUUAAAUAGUAAAUAAUCAUCUGAAGAAUAAUCAAGUGAAAAUAAAAAAUAUAAUCCAAAUUAAUUGGAUUUACCAUAAAAUAGUAAAAAGGAUAAAAAAGGAUAGAAACUUAAAACAGCAAUUUUUAAUUUUGGUGCAGAAGAACCAGAAACAAAAAAGUAAUCAAAAUAAGUUAAGAAAAAUAGAAAAGAUUAGAAAUAAGAAAAUGAUAAAAAAUAAAAUUAAAAAAUAAGAAAUAAAAAAGUGAUUGAAUAAGAUGAUGAUUCUAAAGAUGAUAAAAUUGAAUAAUUAAUUAAAGAAUAUUAAAAAUAAGAUUAAGAAUAAUAAUAAUCGAAUUUUAUAAUUAAAAAAGAUAAAUAAGAAAAAGAUAAUGAAACAUAAUAAAAAGUAGAAAGUAAAGAUAAAAAUAUUAUUUUAAAUUUAGAUAAUAUAAAAAUGAAUUCUAUGAUUCCAAAAUGUAAUCCAAAAUCAAACAAGGAUGAUGAUGAAGAUGAUAAUAACGAUUCAUGA